UUUCUUGUCCUAAUCCCUUAAUGCAUUUAUUGGUUUUAAUUUCUGUGCUUAAUUUUCAGACUGGAUCCUACCCUUCUACCACCGCCAUUCUAGUAGCUUCGCUCGUGUGUAUAUAUAUAUAGUUAAGUACGCAUGUUUUAUCAACAUCCAUGCAUAUCUUGUAUCCUUAUCAAAAGUGUAUUUCAAGUACUACUAAAAACACCUUUUUUCUCAUAUACCACCAAUUUGAAGAAGAAGUAAGUGAGAAUUCGAAGGAACCAUGGUGGAGAUUCACGAACAAAUCAACCCUUUUGAUGAAGAAAAAGAAGAAAAAGAAGAAGAGAUCAACUAUGACGAGCUUAAGAAGAGAAUGUGGAAGGACCGGAUCCUGUUGCAGAAGCUAAAGGAGAAACGCCCCAAAGAAGAGCCAGACCAAGAAGCAAAACAAGAAGCUUCUAGGCGGAAGAAGAUGUCAAGAGCACAGGAUUCAAUCCUUAAAUACAUGGUGAAGAUCAUGGAAGUUUGCAACGGUCAAGGUUUUGUCUAUGGAAUUAUCCCUGAAAAGGGUAAGCCAGUGACAGGCUCUUCUGAUAGCUUACGUGAGUGGUGGAAAGAAAAGGUUAAAUUUGAUCAACAUGCUCCACUUGCCAUUGCAAAAUACAUGCCACUCCUUCAAAUAGAUGAUUUGGAUGCAACUUCCUACAUGCAUCUCCUUAAUGACUUGCAAGACACUACUUUGAGUUCACUCCUUUCUGCUCUCAUGCAACAUUGUAUACCUCCCCAAAGAAGAUUCCCUCUUGAGAGAGGCUUGCCUCCACCUUGGUGGCCAACAGGGACAGAAACAUGGUGGGGUGAACAGGGUCUUCUGGCCCAAGAACACGGACCACCUCCUUAUAAGAAGCCUCAUGACCUCAAAAAGGUUUGGAAAGUGUCUCUCUUGGCUGCAGUUAUCAAACACAUAUCUCCUAAUUUGGAUAAACUUAGAAGGCUCGUGACUCAGUCCAAAACUUUGCAAGACAAAAUGACAGCCAAGGACACAGCAACCUGGUCCAAGGUUAUGAACCAAGAAGAAGCUCUGUUGCAACUAACCAACAAGUGCCUCAAAAUAUCUACAGAGGAAGAUGAAAAUGAAUGUGAAAGUUCCAAUAGCAAUUCUCAGGAAGGGAGUUGUGUGGCUGAGUUGAAUGAUGACUCCAAUUUAGGUGGGAUCAUUGAGAAAAGGAAGAGUGUGAUUGACUUAGAUGCUAUUGCGGAUAAGCUAUAUGCUUGUCAAUACUAUCAGUGUCCACAAAGUGAAAUGGGUACGGGAUUUAUCGACAAAAACUCAAGGAUGAACCAUGAGUCCUCUUGUUCUUAUCGCACCAAUCAAAGCCCUGCUCUCCUUCAGGAUCAUGUGUCCAAUGACACACAAAUUACAUGUGAGGAUGAUUGGAUGAACAUGGAAGUAGCAUCAGCUAAUCAGAAUGAUGAUGAUCAAUUGAUAGAUGUUGUAGGAAAGACACCACAAGAUUAUGGAAACUUAUGGCUGAAUUCCCUUGGAGAUCUUGAGUUGCACGCUGCACUGGAUCAGAUCGACAUGCACUUGAAUCGAAAUUCAGAGCAAGAUUCACCACAAGGCCAAGAAAUAACCUCAAUUUGGGACUUAACCUACAAAUAGUUUACUCGUUUCAUGUUUGGAUCGC